CGAAGCGGCCCAUUUGGUGAGUGAAAUCGCUAGAGCCUGCCGCCUGGUGCGGCAGCAGCAAGACGAACGGAGCGCCGCCGUCCGCCGAGGCCACCCGCCACCUCCGUGCCCGAGCCCCCGCCGCAGCGGCCUCACCGCGCCGCAGAUUUGCCCGGGGCCCGCCGGCCGCUUCUCCUUCCGGCCCUCCCUAUCCCAUCCCACGAAACCAAACCCUAGCCGGGACCGCCAAAGCCGGUGGGGAUGGGCGGGUCAUGGAUGGCAUGAGGGCGCCGGCUCCUUCUGAUCCCAAUCUCCCGACUUUCUUCCGUUGGUGCCUUUGGCGGCAUGGCCGCCGCCUUUGCCUCCGGCUCCGGCUCCGGCUCCUCCGCUCGGGAUGCGGAUGCGGCUGAGAGGGUAUCGCGACUUGGGAAGGAGGUGGAGCUGGAGUGCGGCGACAUCUCCGCCUCGCAGGAGGACCUCCUCGCCCGCGCCCCCUUCCUCGGCGGCGGCGGCGGCGAGGAGGAGGAGGAGGAGGAGGCAGAGGUGUUCAGCACACCUCCUCUUACACAGGACCAGCAGGGCCAAGGGGUAGAAGAGGAGGAAGAUGCCAUCACCAUGUGCACUCUCCCGUUCACCCAGCCUUCCCCUUCGUCCCCUUCCAUUCCCUCAUCGGAGGACAAGGAGGACCAGGAGCUGUCCAUCUCCAAGCCGCGGAAGCCUAGGGUUUGCACGAGGAAGGUGAGGGGCGCCAGGAUCAGGACUCCGACACCUAGCCCGAGUCCCAGCCCUGACAAUCGCGGCACCAGCAGCACCGGUAGCAUUGUUGAUCCUCUAUACAGGGCCGUGCUCAUGGUCCCCACAACUCCUGCUCCACCCACCGCCGCCGAGGACCUCCUCGCGCUUGCUCGGAACCGCGGCAUCUUCUAAUCUGCCUAUUUCACGGUCAUGUGUAUGGGAUCACAUCAGGAUGUACGGAUUGAUGAACUGAUCGGAUAAACAAGGAGAAGUCUAUGCAUCGAUCUAUCAUCCUAACAAGACAAUGCAAGAUUCAAAGAAGGGCCACAGAGACCUGACAACACCGACAAUGUGCUGAUCCAAGAAGCUGAUUUGUGAAAUCUUGGACCUUCAGUUCUACAGUUGAUCAGGCAUCUCCCAAGGAGUUACCUAGCAGCUAAUCAUCAAAGAAGAUCCUUACGAACAUUUGCCAGAGCAUUGCACUCCAGCAGCUAAGCACUUGGGCUGAUGAUAGAGCCUAGUCAUCAUGAUUUGCUCGCCAUCGCUGUAACCAAAUAACCAAUCAUGCCUUGCCUUGAAGAACUCUAUACUCUAUGUAUAGCAAUGAACAUUUGUCAAGCGUUAUGUUUCGAUUGCCACUGGGAUGUAUCUUGUGAAGCUUGCUACGUUCAACACCAGUCUAGUUGGUAGAUACUCAGACAGUGUAUUGGUUCUGUAUAGCUGCUCAAACAGUGUACGGUGGUUGGAGUGGUUCUGUGUAACUGCUCAAACAGUGUAUGGUGGUCACUAGCAUAUUUGUUCGCAGCAUUGUGACUGCAAGAUCAAACCUAUUUGAUUAGAGUACCGAAUGCAAUUCUCUCAUAUUGUAUUAACGACUGAAUUCCGUGGAAUCCUCGAUAUGAGAGAAUUGCAUUCAGCUAAUUUAUAUAUAAUUUAUUUUAGGA